CAACACCAGCUUUCUCGUGCAAGAAGUAGCAGUGAAAGAUUAACAGACACAAUGGUGACUCUGACUAAAGAACAGGCUGACAUCAUCGAAGAAAUUUGGAGCCAUGUGGACAAGAAGCUUAUAACUGCUCGUGCCCUGGAAAGGGUGUUUGCAGUGUAUCCCUGGACGACCAGACUAUUUUCCAAGCUGAAUGGGAAAUUCAAAGCCACCGAUGCUGGAGUCCAAGAACAUGCGGCCAAAGUGGUAUCAGCUCUGGACAUUGCGGUCAAGAACAUAAAUAACAUCAACUUCAAACAACUCAGCAGCGAACAUCAAAAAAUCGGAGUGGACACACAGAACUUCACGGCUUUGGGACAAACAUUCAUUGUUGAACUCGCCCUGCAGUAUAAACUUCAGUUCACCACCAAAAAGCAUGUAGCCGCCCACAAGUUUUUUAAGCAGGUGGCGGAAGCACUGUCCAGCAACUACCAUUAAAUUGAAAUCCACCGGCAUCUUCUAUACUUCAAAGAAAGAAUGCAAUGAAAACUUGCAUCUUCAAUAUCUAAGAUAUUCUGUCUGCUUGCUUAAAGAACUAUCUGGUUCUAAUUACGCUGGAAUAAAGUUGGUGUGAAUUGCCUCUUUGUAUGCAGAUUUAUCCACAUGUUUUGGAAAAUGUCUCUUAGUUUUCAUUCUGCUUCAAUAAAGAACCAAUAUUAACCCCAA